AUGCGUGGACAACAAGAGCCUCGAAAAUACGCCAUUGGCCUCGCUGCAGACGUGAGCCGAUUUCGUUCAUCAUCUGCUUCUUACGACCGUCACGACUUUAACGCGCCCACGACCCCUACCCAGCACCAGCAACGCCAGCACUCAAGAGUUAGAAGCUUCAACUCACGGACGCUGUUCAAUCAGACGUCGGAUCCUAUCGAGCGACUCUUUACGCCCCGAAGUCUUCGUCGAACUCCUAGGUUUGACGCACCUCCGACUCCAGCCCCUGAGCAACGUCAAGUUCAUAUCGCAGCCGCUUCCGUCGGAUUUGAGCCCAGGACAACCCUCGCUCCCGCCGACAACCUACCGGAGAAUCAUCCCACUGUACUUGGUCUGAUUCCCGUCCGUUCAGCGCCGCCUCAAACUCACCGGCCCCGUCGACGGCUUUCACAGGAUCUGACUGAGGAUCCUGACGAGGUAUCUUCGGAACGUCCCCAGUCACCUCUGAGAGCGACUCCCUCUGUGCCUGUAAACUAUCCAGAACCACACCCGGCUGUUAAGAUCUCCAAGCACACCCACAGCGCUAUCCUCUUUGCACUCGAGGAGGCGCUGCGCAACCCCAAUCCUUUCACUCCAAAUCUCGAAGAGGAAUCUGCAAGCAUGGCUGAUCUUAUGGCUCCUGGAGGCAUGCCUCCAGCGUCUAAUGGCAAGCCAGCAGCCCCUCCGUUCCGCCCUGGCUCAGCUCCCGGUCAAACCGGCUCACCUUCUGGUAUCAGAGGGCCGAGAAUGAUUAUGCAGGAGCGUGCGGCUCGAGAAGCGCGACAGCGCGCUGAGGCAGAGGCGCAACAACGAGAGAGAACUGAGCAGGAGGCGCGCAUUUUGGAACAGGCCAGGAGAGCAGAAGAACAGCGUCGAUCUGUUGGCGUUGCUGCUGGGCAGGGCACUGACGCAGAAGCGCGUCAGUCAAUGAACCCCCAGCGACAAGCGCAAGCCGCCCCCGAUAACACAUCAGCCCGUCCGCGGGCAAACACUACUUCCCAAGUACCAUCUACUCGACACGGGCGAUCGAGCUCUACUAAUCAACCGCCCCCUCAAACAUUUACCGGGCCAGCGCCAGUCGCGCAACCCAAUUUCGCUGCACAAGGUGUAGAAAGCGGAAACCAGGGUGGCGCUGGUGGUUCCAAGACACGGAACUCUUUCCCUCAUGCUUUCGAGCGAUGGGAGACAUUAUCUGCCCAUUGGGAGGGCCUCACUAGCUACUGGAUUCGCAAGCUUGAACAAAACAAGGAUGAUCUUAAUCGAGACCCUCUGAAUCAACAACUGGCUCGUCAGGUAACGGAUUUAUCCGCUGCUGGGGCUAAUCUUUUCCACGCCGUUGUCGAGCUCCAGCGUCUGCGUGCAAGCUCCGAGCGAAAGUUUCAACGCUGGUUCUUUGAAACCCGCGCGGAACUGGAGCGUGCGCAAGAAGUCAAUGCAAUGCUGGAAGCUGCCCUGGACCAAGAACGUCGAGGGCGAGCUGACGCCAUCCGGGAUGCUCUGGAAAAUGAGCGUGGAACUUCUAAAGCCCAGAAGCAGCUUACUGAAAUGCGUAAAGAGCUGUCCAUUUCUAAGGAAGAGGCACGUCGGGCAUGGGAGGAACUGGGACGACGCGAACAAGAGGAGCGCGAUAGAACACUGUCCCUCCAGUCAGGACAACCAACUAUUGUUGGUGGUGUCCAAGUCGUCCCUAUGACCCAAGGCGGUCCUAGCCGAAGAGCUCAAGGAGCCUAUCAGGCUGAAUACGGGUCAGGUUACCCUCCUGAACCGACAACAUCCCCCCAACACCAGCCGCCUACAACAAGUUCCGGCGAGCAAUAUCGCCAACAGGGUGGUGGUCUUCACGCGCCAGCGUCAGAGGGUGGUUACAGCGAAGGUGAGUACGUGAUUGAUGCAAAUGGGAACUUCCUGUUGGAUGCCCAAGGAAAUAAGAUUCCCUUCGCUGGACCACCCUCUACGUAUUCCGGUUCUGAUGGUGAAGCAGAAGAGUAUGCGACACCCGCUACCACCAACCCGCCAAGCGGUAAACAGGAUUCUCCUUCCACCUCUACUGGAGGGGGAGGAGGCAACGGCGGCCAAGGCCAAGGGCAGUGGACCGGGACAUACUCAGACCCUCAAGAUUAUUCUGGUCAAGGAUAUGCUACUCCUGGCUGGGAGACAGUCCCUCGCCAUCACCACCCGACUCGGCUGAGCGAUGUCAUGGAAGAGGAGGAUGAACGCAGCAGAGCCAGUACGAGCCGUGUCUAG